GUGCUCGACCCUUGCUUGAACCCUCCUCUCUGACGCUCCUCGUCUCCUGCGGCGGCGCCGGCAACCACCGGAGCGGAGCGGAGCGGAGAUGAAGAAGAUCUUCGGCGCUAAAAAGGACAAGGGGCCGCCGCCCUCCAUCCAAGACGCCACCGAGCGAAUAAACAAGCGGGGCGAGACGGUGGACGAGAAGAUCAAGAAGCUGGACGAGGAGCUGGCAAGGUACAAGGAGCAGAUCCGCAAGACCCGCCCCGGCCCGUCCCAGGAGGCCAUCAAGGCGCGCGCCAUCCGACUCCUCAAGCACAAGCGCAUGUAUGAGGAGCAACGCAACAUGCUGUACAACCAAACCUACAAUCUAGACCAAGUUGCCUUUGCUGCUGAUGGCCUCAAGGACGCUCAGCAGACUAUGAAUGCUAUGAAGGCAGCGAACAAGGAGCUCAAGGGAAUGAUGAAAACCGUCAAGAUUGAGGACAUUGAUAAUAUGCAAGAUGAAAUGACGGAUCUGAUGGAUGUGAGCAAUGAGAUACAAGAAACUCUUGGUAGAAGCUAUAACAUACCUGAUGAUGUUGAUGAGGAAGAACUGAUGGGGGAGCUGGAUGCUUUGGAGUCUGAUAUGGAGUUUGAGUCAGCUGCAGUCCCAUCAUAUCUUCAGCCAGAAACUGAUUUUGAUGCUGAUCUCAAUUUACCUGCCGCACCAACACGUCCUGCAGCAGUCCCAGCAGGGGGGCAGGAGGAUGAACUAGGAUUGCCAGCGGUGCCUCGCGCAUCACUUCGCAGAUCAAAGGUAGAAAUAUCUUUACAAAGGUACACAAGGUUCAAAAGAUCAGGCAUGGGGAUAAGUCUUCCAGAUCAUACUGAACCAAGCUGCCACUUCACUGCAACACUUGAUCAACACAAGGAAAGUUCAGAUCAGAAGAUGCAGGCCGCCGCUACAGCCGUCAGGUUCUCAGCCGUGGCGCCCGUGAAGGGCAGGCCGGCGGUGAGGAGCGUGGCGGCGGUUCGCGUUGUCCUCCGGAGGAGCUUCCGUGCCGCCGCAGUCGCCGUCUCCGCGGCCGAACCUGCCGAGGUCGACUACAGCUCGAGCUCCUCGGUGUUCCCCAUGGAAGCCUGCGAGCUGUUCGGCGGCGACGCCUGCAGCGGGCAGAUGUACCCGGAGGCUAGGCUCGCCGCCUCUGCGGCGGCGGACGCCGCGACCAGGAGGCAGGAGGAGGUGGAGAGGGACUACGUGUCCUACGACGAGCCCAAAACGGUGUUCCCCGGCGAGGCGUGCGACGACCUCGGCGGCGAGUUCUGCGAGGAGCCGUACCAGGCCGGCGUCUCCAGGGAUUUGGCGCACCCUGAAGCCUGAUCCAUCCAUCUAUCCACAAAAUGAAUUGGUCGAUCCGUGCUGUGUACGUAUGUGUAGCGGAUGAUGCUUACGGUGUAGAGGGGGAGCUAGCGUACGUACUAGAAUAACAGCAGUCAAGCAAGACCAAAGGAUGUGUCAUGUGUGCAUGUCUUGGGGGUCGUGUCAGCUGUGCCUGUUUGUAGAAACUAAGGAUGAAGAAAAAUAUAUGGUAUACUGGUGGUGGUGAUACUCCUACCACCGUAUCUGUUAACUUUUA